AUGCUUGUUACAAUUCGAGUUCAAAUAUGUGAUAAAUCAGAAUUAGUUAGUAAUUCAAUAGCUGAUCUUAAACGGUCAUGUUAUCUUUUCAUUGAAGCGUCAUUGACUAACCCCAUGGCUGAUGUGUCUUUGGCUAGCUUACCUCCGGAACUAUUAUAUCACAUUUUUGACAAUAUUGAUGUUCAAACGAUAUAUCUCUCACUUCGUCGUGUCUGUAAAAAAUUUUAUGAUUGUAUUGACAUCUAUGAUCGACGAACAUUGAAUUAUGAUUCAUCAUUGCAGCGCAAUAUUGAUGUUAUUUCUCGUUUUCUUCGACCUGAAAAUGUGUUGUCAUUGACUAUUAUUGCUAGUCCUAAUAUAUCACAAGAUUCAACUACUUCCUUUCAUCAAAUCUUCAAUAUUGAUCAAUUUACUCGACUUCAUUCAUUGACACUGGACAAUGUUGAUGAUACAAGUAUGAAUUAUCUUUUAGAGAACUUAAACUCUAACUCUUUGAUUACACUUUCAAUCAAUGCAAAUGCACAGAAACAUACAGACAUAUGGUCUUUUAUAUCAUCAACCAUAGUUCGAUGGCAAAUUCAAAAGCUCGCUUUGAAGAAUUUCCACUUUACAUCGAUAAAUAUUGUCUGGCCCACUGGUAGUCAUUUGACAUGUCUUUCUAUUGGUAUCUGUAUGUUAAAACAAUAUCUUCUUAUUCUUCAUCAGGUAACUCAUCUAAAAAUAUUGGUAAUAGAAGAUUGCGUUAUGAAUUCGAUGAAUACAACAAAUGUUCAAUUAUGUGAUUCAAAGAAUAAACUGUUGUUGCAGUCAUUGACUGUGACAGAUUGUUCAUUGUCGACGGAAAAAUUAGAAUCAUUACUUUCGCUAACACCUUCACUAAUGCAUUUGAAGUUGAUAUCGGAAAGAGACAGAGUUGACUCUACUCUAGACGGUUUCUAUUGGAAGCAAUUUAUGCAAACUCGCUUACCUCUUGUAGAAAAAUUCGAAUUUUUCUUCUCCUAUGGCACUUUGCUUUCAAAGAUCAAUGACUUUGGUUCUCUCAAAUCACUCAUUGAUUCAUUUCGAGAACAAUUCUGGCUGGAAGAGAAACAUUGGUUUGCUUAUUUGGAAUUUAUAUUUCACUCACGAACACUCAGACUCUACACAAAACCAGUCAAACUUAGUGAUGAAAUCGAAUUUGUAACGAAGUACGAAACUGACGAAUACUCAAAUUUUCAUGAUCUUUCCUCGCGGUAUAGUUCGAUUUUUCGCAACGAUC